AUGUUGAGAGCAUGCGGAGUCAUGAGACGAAUGGGCACCACCGGGGGGGGAUAUUUCCGCGGAGCUCAGGGGAAGUCCCUCUUCAAUGAUGAAUCUCUGAAAAAGGCAUUCGAAAGGGUAUCCAUCGGAUCGCCCACACCGUUGUCAGCAUCGCUGCCGUCGUCGCCAUCGCCGUCAUCAUCUGUGUCCCCCCCGAGGGCAAAAAUAAACAGCGUUCUAAACUUUCUGCUGAGCUCCAAGAUGCUGCAUGCCAAAUGGUCCAAGUUAGAAAUAAUUGACGAACUAUACAAACGGAAAGUUGACAAGAAGCUUUCAUUUCAUUUGCAUGUUUUGUAUGGGUUGGGUUCCAAGGGGUUACACUUGAGGAGGAAAGGCAUCAUAUCGCCGGUGCUGUUUCAACCCUUGCUGGAUUACAGCCAGUUUGUUUACAUUGUCCAGAUCAUGAAAAUUGCAGACAGGGAGAGGCUAGCUGGAACGCAGGAGCAAGCCGACUUCGUUCGGAGCUUUUUCAGAGAGUAG